AUGUGGAGAAGGGCGCGAGAUGAGACAUGUCUUCCAGCAGUCGUUGGCCCGGCUCAUGCUGGCGAAGACGACAUCGCCCAGCAUGUCUCCACCCUUUCGUAG